AUAAAAUAUUUUAUGUAGCAUUAUCAAUAAAACAGUAAAUCGUAUUGUCCGCGUAUUGCGAAUGAUAAAAUAAUAUUUAGUCGAAUAUAAACCAUGAAGAAUAAAAUAGUAACAAACGACAUUCGCACAGUACAUUGGACAAAAGAUUCGAUAAACGCUAUUGGCUUGUACAAAUAUAUAAUACAAAUAAUUUGUUCGUGGCCAUUAGAGCUACGAAAUGUUUACUGGAAAAUUCGUAGUAUACUAUUCGUUACAUAUUUGAUAACGUCAGAUAUUUUUCUCGCUCAAGAAUUCUUAAAUCAUUGUGGUACAAGUUAUGAAAUCACAUCAUUAUUCGGCCUAAUAUUUGCCGCAGUAUCAGGACAUAUAAAAAUAUUAUUUUUACAUAUUUAUAAUGACAAUAUCAAAUUUAUCGUUACGAAUUUCAUAAAUGAUUGGAGUGUUAUUGAAGAUGAGAAAUCAAGAAAAAUAAUGCGUCAAUACUCGUCAUUAAAUAGAAUAUUAUUUGUUUGUAUACUGACAUCAAUGUUUUGUUAUCAAUUGAAAUUGACAAUUGAAGGAUUGCCACAGAAGAUUAUAAUAGAUAAUAUAACGGUCAUCGAACGUUUACUUCCAUUGAGUGCUAAGUGUUGGGAUUUUUCUGAUACACCAAUUGUUAUUUACGCUUUUCGAUUCGGAUGUCGUAUUUUUGAGUUCAUUAUUUACAAUAUAACUAGUUGUGGGAUAGAUUUAUACUUUUUUAUACUGGCAAUGCAUUUUUGUGGUCAAAUGGAAAUAACUAAUUCAAAUCUUAAGAAUUUCAAAACUAUUACCAAUGGUGUGUUUGACAACAAAAAAUUUUAUGGGAUUAUCAUUCGACAAAAGUAUUUAUUUGAUUUGAUGAAUUUAUUGCGCGAAUCAUUUAAUUAUACUAUAUUAACAGUACUAUUGAUAAGUGGAAUCCAUUUGAAUAUCAUGAUUAUUAUGAUUUUCAUAGCACUAAAAAAUAACGAUAUUAAUUCAGUGAUUCGAGACGCGGCUGGAACAAUAUUAUAUUUUUUUUCUCAAAUAUUUAUCUAUUGCUAUGCUGGUGAAAAACUAUCCUCAGUUAUUCAAAAUUCCUGUUUCUCAGUUUACAGUUGUUAUUGGUACAAUUUUUCAAUAAAAACUCGUAAAGAUAUUAAAUACAUUAUGCUAAGAAAUAGUCAAGAAUUUCAUUUUACCGUUGGAAAAUUUUAUCAUAUGAAUUUAGAAAAUUGCACUGGUAUUGUUAAAACAUUGGUAUCAUUUUUCUCAGUAAUGAGAUUAGUUAUUUUUGAAUAAAUAGUUUCUCCCGGCAAUAUUAAUUUUGUAGUUUGUUAUAUAAAUUUAUAGUACAUAUUUAAAUAAAUAUUCAUACGUAAAAUGUAUUUACCACAAAAUCAAUAUUAUUAAAAUUUUAAUUUUCGGAAAAAAAUUAAAGCAGAACAAUAAAUU